AUGCAAGAUGCCGCAAGUCCGAGGUCAGAUGAAGACGAGGACGCCGAUGGUUCUGAUGAUGCCGAUUACGACGCGCCAUCCCCUCCCUCAAGAGCCAGCGUCGACUCCCGCCAUAGUAGCGUAUCCUCAGAAGCCUCGUCGCUGCCCCGCAAGCGCAAGGCCGAGCCAGAUGUAGAUGACGAACAAUACAUGCAAGAGAAUCCAGAGCUGUAUGGCCUUCGCCGAAGCGGUCGCGCCCGUCCUACUCGCCGAAUCAUCGAAAGCAGCGACGAAGAGCAAGACGACAACGACUCUGGUUCAGACGUCAACCCCGGCCGGGCCCGUAAGCGUUUACGGCCGGCCACCUCUCGCAAUGUCUCCGCUCGUCAGACCGAUUCAGAAUCUGGGACAGACAGCGACACUUAUGGUGGCGCACGUGGUCGUGAGUUCGCGAAAAGGCACCGCCGCAGGUUGCAAGGAGCCUCAUCCCGUUCCGCGUCAGGGCUUGCAGGAGACCUUCGCUUCUCUACCCGACAAGCUGGCAAAGUCACAACUUACAACGAGGAAGAUGGCGACGACUUCAGUGAGGAGGACACCGAGAACCUGACACCCAAUUACUGGGCCGCCGCGGAAGAUGACUCUCCUGGCAUCGACGUGGUUCUCAACCACAGAAUUGCCGACGGCAAAGACACCGAAUACCCAGAGAAGACCGACUACGAAUUCUUUAUCAAAUGGCAAGGCAAAGCACACUACCAUGCUACAUGGGAGCCCUGGACCGAGCUUACUUCAGUUCGCGGAUUCCGUCGUCUAGAGAACUACUACCGCAAGACCGUCGAGGCCGAGCAAUUUUUGGCUCAAGACCCUGAUGUUGCCCCUGAAGAGCGCGAGAAGUACACGCUCGAUCGCGAAACAUACCUCGAUGCUCUGGACGACUACAUGAAGGUCGAAAGAGUCAUUGGAGAACAAAUUGGCAACGAUGGCCGGGAGUACUACGUGAAAUGGAAGUCGCUUGCAUACGAUUUCUGCACAUGGGAACCAGAGUCUCUUGUUAGCGAGCUAGCACAGAACGAGAUCGAUCGCUACCUCGACCGCUCGUCUCGACUGCCCACCUCCGACAAGCGCGAGUCAAACUUAUCCACUCGCUCGCCAUACAAGCCUUUCCGCACACAACCUGACUACGUCAAGUUUGGUCAGCUGAGAGAUUUCCAGUUGGCAGGUAUCAACUUCCUCGCCCACAACUGGUGCAAGGGAAACAAUGUCAUCCUUGCAGACGAGAUGGGCCUGGGAAAGACCGUCCAGUCCGUGUCGUUCAUGAGUUGGCUGAUUCACGAUCGUCGUCAAGAAGGACCUUUCUUGGUUGUCGUACCGCUAUCAACCAUGCCUGCUUGGGCCGACACUUUUAACAACUGGACGCCGGACAUCAACUACAUUGUUUACAACGGUAAUGAGGCUUCACGCAAGAUUCUUCGCGAACACGAACUUCUUGUGGACGGUAACCCGAAGAAGACGAAGUUCAAUGUCAUGCUCACGACUUACGAAUACAUUCUCCUCGACUCGGCCUUCCUUUCCCAAAUGAAGUGGCAAUUUAUGGCUGUUGAUGAGGCACAUCGGCUGAAGAACCGAGAUUCACAACUCUACGUCAAGCUGAUGGACUUUGGCGCACCCAGUCGACUACUGAUCACGGGUACACCUCUGCAAAACGAGCUGAAAGAGCUAUCUGCUCUCAUGGACUUCCUCAUGCCAGGCCUGAUCAACAUUAACGAUGACAUUCCGAUCGACGACUCUGAAGCUACCAGACAAGCCCUCGACGAACUGAUGAAGGCAAUCUCACCGUACAUGAUUCGACGUGUCAAAGAAAAUGUCACGAGUGAUCUACCAGGCAAGACCGAGAAGAUCAUCCGAGUCGAGCUGUCAGACGUUCAAUUGGAGUACUACAAGAACAUUCUCACCCGCAACUAUGCAGCUUUGAACUCUGGCACCAAGGGUCAAAAGCAGUCAUUGCUAAACAUCAUGAUGGAACUCAAGAAAGCCAGCAAUCAUCCCUUCAUGUUCCCCAAUGCAGAGGAUCGCAUCUUGGAGGGCAAAACCGGCAGGGAAGACCAACUUAAGGCUCUUGUAACGAGCAGUGGAAAGAUGAUGCUUCUUGAUCGUCUAUUGACCAGACUCAAGGCCGAUGGUCAUCGCGUCCUCAUCUUCAGUCAAAUGGUCAAGAUGCUUGACAUCGUAGGCGAUUACCUGCACCUUCGUGGGCACCAGUAUCAGCGUCUCGAUGGUACAAUUGCAGCUGGUCCCAGACGUCAGGCCAUUGAUCAUUUCAACGCUCCUGACAGCAAAGACUUCUGUUUUAUUCUUUCCACUCGUGCAGGUGGUCUCGGUAUCAACCUUAUGACUGCAGACACUGUCAUCCUCUUCGAUUCUGAUUGGAACCCUCAAGCAGAUCUUCAGGCCAUGGCGCGUGCUCACCGCAUCGGUCAGAAGAACCCUGUCACAAUCUACCGCUUCGUGUCAAAAGACACAGUCGAAGAAGAGGUCUUGGAACGUGCUCGUAACAAGCUCAUCCUAGAGCACAUCACCAUUCACCAAGCCAUGACAGAGAAGGAGGCCAAGGCACUCAGAAGCAAGCUUGAUUCUGCUGGCGUUUCCACUGCCGAACCAGUCGCACAUGAUGACCUUUCUCGUAUCCUCAAGCGCCGCGGACAGAAGAUGUUCGAGCAAUCUGGUAACCAGAGGAAGCUUGAAGAACUCGAUAUUGAUGCUGUUCUCGAAAAUGCUGAGAUCCAUCAGACCGAACAGGCAGGUGCUGGCAUUACAGCAAGCGGAGGCGCAGACUUCUUGAAGAGUUUCGAGUACACCGAUGUCAAGCUUGAUCUCGAAUGGGACGAAAUCAUCCCAAAGGAGCACCUCGAGGCCAUCAAGGCCGAAGAGAAAGCCAAGGACGAAGCACAAUAUCUCGAGUCUGUCAUUGAAGAGAAUCAACCGAGAGGCGCGAAGCGCAAGUCCAAGGAUGAAAACGACCGAGAACAGCGUGCCGCUAAGAAGAGAGCUCGAGACUUGGCUGCCCAAGCAGCUGCCGAUAUCGAGUCUGACAACGAAUCCAACGUUGGCGCCGAUCCCCAGCGGCCCAUGAGUGAGAAGGAUAUUCGCAACUUGAUUCGCGCAUACGAGAAGUAUGGUUCGAUCGAUGAGCGUCAGAACGAGGUCGUCAAAGAAGCCAGACUAGUUGGUCGUAACAUCGACCUUCUCAAGGCUACUCUUGACGACGUUGUAGGCAUCAGCAAGAAGCUCCUCCAGGACGAGCAGGACCGCGUCUUGGCUCUUGAGCGCGAGACUAACAAGCCCAUCACCAAGAAAGACAAGAAGGCCGUACUGUUCGAUUACAAGGGUGUCAAGCGCCUGAACGCCGAGACUUUGACCGAGCGUCCUCUCGAAAUGCGCAUGCUUCGGGAUGUCGAAAAGUCACUUGGAGACAACUGGCGUACUUUCCGCAUUCCAGAGGCUUCCAAGCCUGCUCACUACACGUGCCCUUGGGGAGCUCGUGAAGAUGGUAUGCUGUGCAUUGGCAUCGCAAAACAUGGAUACGGCGCCUGGGUAGCCAUUCGUGACGACCCCGACCUUGGUAUGACCGACAAGUUCUACCUUGAGGAACACCGUGUGGGUACCAAGGAAGAGCGAACCAAAGCCGACGAGAAGAACGCCAAAUCUCCUGGUGCUGUUCAUCUAGUGAGACGCGCAAAUUACCUUCUCAGUGUCUUGAAGGACAAGACAAGCAAUGGCACCAACCUCGCGGCCAAGAGAGCACUCGAAAACCACCACCGUAACAACAAGAAGGCUCUCGGUUCAAGCGGUCGUCGCCCUACGAGUGUAUCCGCAAGCCCAGCUCCUGGUGCGGCUCGUAAGAUGAACCGCGAGGACUCUUACCGCUCGCGUCUUCACAACGACCACCGUGGCUCCUCUGAUCGUCGCCAAUCAUCUAACAACGUCGGACACAGAGCAUCACCCGGUGGAGCUGAGCGUGUUGAUAGAAACAGACACCACCGUGAUUCGGAACCACGAAAGCUGCCGCGUCACGCUGGCUCUCCUCUCGCUGCUCCCAACGGCGACCGACCCGCAGGGGAAGAUCACAUGAGACGGAUUGUGGAACCUAUUCGUGAUUGUUUGGGACGCAUCAGGAAGGCUACCAAGAGCCACAUUCCUGAUGAUAAGGAACGUGCAAAUAGCUUGAAGGAAUCACUGCAGACAGCAGGCAAAUUUUUCAAGCAGAAGGCAGCUGAGAAGGGAAAGACGGUUGAGGAUAAACUAUGGGAUUACCUUGCCGAGACGUGGUGGCCGCAGGCUAAGAACAAAGACAAACGCACGUCAGGCCAGAAGCUGCGAACGCUGUACGAGAAGAUCGCAGCCUCGGCCAAGCCCACUUAA